AUGGAGACGUCGGUGAAAGCAGCUGAGGUGAUGGUGCCCCAGCCUGAUGUGGCGGACGCCGUGAACGCUGAAGGUGAUGCGGCGGCGGCGGCUCCCGCUGCAGCCUCGGGCUCCUCCUCCGACUUCUUCGACCCCAUGGAGGAGUUCAGCAGACGGCUGGAGGACAUCAUCAGCACCCACGGCUCCGCAGCCAGCCUCCCGGACAAACAGAGAGUCGUGGAGGCCGAGACGGAGAAGGAGGAAGAUGACAUCACAGUUACCAUGGAGACAGAGGUCUCUCUCAUCAUGCAGAGUCUGAACAAGAUCUCUUCUCCAGAGAAGAAACUGGAAGAUUUGGUCAAGAAACAUGCUGAGCUGGCAGCCUUGCGGCGCUGUGAUGAGAAGAAGCUGUGUGUUCUGCAGCAGAGGUUGUCCGCCGUGCUGGAUGAGCGGCAGCAGCUGCAGGCUGAGAGCCGCAGCAGCAUCGCAGCUCGCAGCAAACUGGAGAGUCUGUGCAGAGAGCUGCAGGGACACUACAACAUACUGAGGGAGGAGACCAUUCAGCGCUGCAGGGAGGAUGAGGAGAAGAGGAAGGAGAUGACCAGCCACUUCCAGAUGAUGCUGACAGAAAUCCAGGCCCAGAUCGAGCAGCACAGCGCCCGAAACGACAAGCUGUGCCACGAAAACAGCAACCUGACCGACAAACUGGAGAGUCUCAUGAACCAGUGCGAGAUGCGGGAGGAGAGUUUGGAGAAGAUCAACCAGCGUCGCGACCUGCAGCACAAACUGACUGAAGCCAAACUGCAGCAGGCCAACGCUCUGCUGAACGAAGCCGAGGAGAAGCACAAGAGAGAGAAAGAAUAUUUGCUUAGGGAGGCUAUUGACAAAACAAAGAAAUGCUUCGCUAUGAAGGAGCAGGAGCUGGCCAUGAAGAAGAAGCUGGCCCUCUACGCUCAGAAGUUUGAUGAGUUUCAGGCGACACUGGCCAAGAGCAACGAAAUCUACGUCCGCUUCAAAAAGGAGAUGGAUAAUAUGUCAGACAAGAUGAAGAAAAUGGAUAAAGAGUCAAAUCUGUGGAAGACGAGGUUUGAGAACUGCAACAAAGCUCUGACUGACAUGAUUGAAGAGAGAGGUGAGAAAGCCAAAGAGUACGACCUGUUCGUCCUGAAGAUCCAGAAGCUGGAGAAGCUGUGUCGUGCCCUACAGGAAGAGAGGGCAGUCCUCUAUGACAAGAUCAAGGAAGUCCGCCAAGCAAACUCCAACCUCCCAUCAAAGUACUUCGGCAGCUCUACACCCGACGCCAUCCCUGACACUGAGGGUGCUGACAAAACUGCCCUGCUCACCACUGUGGAGAUCCAGGAGAUCCAGGAGGAAGACCCAGUAUUAACGGAGGGGAUGACCCGCCUGAAGGAGGAGCAGGCCAAGCUGCAGGAGUUUGCCGCCUCCCUGUUGGCCACACCCAGCGACGACGAUCAAGAGGACAAGGGUGAUUUAGACCCUGAAGAAGACCUGGUGGCUUCUGCGUUUGACCAGUUUAAAACCCAAACUCAGGUCAGAAAGGAGGUCGUUUCAGUCCCUGAGCAGACGGUAGAUGUAAAAUCAGAGGCAGCAGAAUCAGUUCUCCCACAGCCAGCAGUGUCCACGCCUGAAGCUCCAACACCUGUGCAGAACACUUCUGAAGCUGAUGGAAAACCAGAAGCAGAAGAGGUUCAAACCCCGGUCAAGGAGAAAGAGGUGCAACCCGUUAAACUAGAGGAGGAGAUCCAGCACCAACCACAAGCUCCAACACCUGUGCAGAACACUUCUGCAACAGAAGCAAAAGUUCAAACCCAGGUCAAAGAGGUGCAACCCGUUAAACUAGAGGAGGAGAUCCAGCACCAACCACAAGCUCCAACACCUGUGCAGAACACUUCUGCAACAGAAGCAAAAGUUCAAACCCAGGUCAAAGAGGUGCAACCCGUUAAACUAGAGGAGGAGAUCCAGCACCAACCACAAGCUCCAACACCUGUGCAGAACACUUCUGCAACAGAAGCAAAAGUUCAAACCCAGGUCAAAGAGGUGCAACCCGUUAAACUAGAGGAGGAGAUCCAGCACCAACCACAAGCUCCAACACCUGUGCAGAACACUUCUGCAACAGAAGCAAAAGUUCAAACCCAGGUCAAAGAGGUGCAACCCGUUAAACUAGAGGAGGAGAUCCAGCACCAACCACAAGCUCCAACACCUGUGCAGAACACUUCUGCAACAGAAGCAAAAGUUCAAACCCAGGUCAAAGAGGUGCAACCCGUUAAACUAGAGGAGGAGAUCCAGCACCAACCACAAGCUCCAACACCUGUGCAGAACACUUCUGCAACAGAAGCAAAAGUUCAAACCCAGGUCAAAGAGGUGCAACCCGUUAAACUAGAGGAGGAGAUCCAGCACCAACCACAAGCUCCAACACCUGUGCAGAACACUUCUGCAACAGAAGCAAAAGUUCAAACCCAGGUCAAAGAGGUGCAACCCGUUAAACUAGAGGAGGAGAUCCAGCACCAACCACAAGCUCCAACACCUGUGCAGAACACUUCUGCAACAGAAGCAAAAGUUCAAACCCAGGUCAAAGAGGUGCAACCCGUUAAACUAGAGGAGGAGAUCCAGCACCAACCAGAAGCUCCAACACCUGUGCAGAACACUUCUGAAACAGAAGCAAAAGUUCAAACCCAGGUCAAAGAGGUUCAACCCCUUCAACUAGAUGAGGAGAUCCAGCAGGAACCUGCUGAACCAGUUCCAACAACAGAGCCUGAGAAAGUCCAGAUUAAUCCACCAACAGACCCGAAACCAGAGGCUGGUGAGGUCAAACCAGUGGUGCCAGUGGGAGACGAGGAGGUCCAGGCUGAAUCAGCGCAAGUUCCAGAAGAGAAACCAAAGACAGCUUCACCCUCUGAAAACACACCUAAAAUGACUGUCAACUCUGAUGCCGACUCCUCCAAGAAGCAAACGCCGAAGAAAAAGAAGAAGAGGAACGGCAAGAAUGCUAGCUAAGGUUUUGGACGUGCAGAAGGUGUGUGUGGUGUUAUUUGGGAAUAGUGUGCGUGUGUGUGUAGCUGAAAUCACACUGUGCCUUUGUUCCUUUCGUAAAGGUUAAAAUCUUUAGUUUGUCCCAACUGGUGCAGCUGAGGUGUUUUCUCAAGACUGAGGACGGACGAUUAAAACCAACUGUAUUUUACACUUUGAACGUCUAAAUGAGCAACGUUUGACCUGGUAGAAGGAAUGAAAGGAUGAAGACAAAGUCUAAAUCACUGAGAGAUAAAACAAGGUUUUUCUGCCAACACAAAACAAGUGGUUGGUAUCCAUGCCAGUAAAAUAGCAGUGUCUCCU